AUGCUGUCACCACCAGGCGUGACAGGUUGAACUGUACUGUCUCUCUGAACGGUUCUGAUCCGGUUCUGCACGGCUUCCUGUUGCUCUGACCCUGAAUAUUCAUCAGAACCGAACCGAACAUUCCUCCCGGUUACCCCGGUCCAGAUAAGAAGCGGACCAGUUCGGCCUCCAGCCUGACAUGAUGAUGAUGAUGAUGAUGAUGAUGUGACCUUCCUCCUCCUCCUCUUCCUCCCUCUUAAAGCGCCGCGGCGCCGCAGCGACUCAGUCCGACCCGAACGCCGAAUCCUUCAUGGACCGAACCGCGCGGAGUUCCGCUGCUCUCUAACAACCCGAACUGGACCCGAACCCGAACCGAACUCGGACCAGUUCCUUCUGCGCCUGCGCCAUGCCGUCCGGCUCCAGAGGGAGAACCGGAUUCUCAGUGCGGGAUCUUCUGGACCUUCCGAACCCCACUGGAGGAUCCGGGUCCGGAACCGAGGAGGAGAGCUCCAGGGAGGAGCCGGAACCGGAACCGGACCCAGAACCGAAGUGUUGGAGCAGGCGGAGCCGAGCAGCAGAGUCCGGAACCGGCCGACCCGGUGAGCAUCCCGGCGCUGCGGCUCUCGGUUCGGCCCAGAAGAACCGGAAGAGGCGGGUUCUGUUCUCCAAGGCGCAGACCUCGGAGCUGGAGCGCCGGUUCCGACAGCAGCGGUACCUGUCGGUUCCGGAGCGGGAGCACCUUGCGGGCCGGAUCCAGCUCACCCCGAACCAGGUCAAGAUCUGGUUCCAGAACCACCGAUACAAGAUGAAGCGCGCGCACGCGGAGCGCGGCCAUGAGGCGCUGCCGCCGCUUCCGGCGCGCCGCAUCGCGAUCCCGCUGCUGGUUCGGGACGGGAAGCCGUCCGUACCGCUGGAGGUUCGGUCCGGGUUCGCCCUGCCGCUGUGCGCCUUCUCCCCGCUGCUGCGCGCCGCCUGUGGGCCGGACCGGACCGGACCGACGCCGCUCCUCUAUCCCUGGAGCUGGACCUGAGCCCAACCGGACCGAACUUUCCGCUCUGACUGUUUGGGUCCGCUCCGGGGCCCGGUUCGGUUUGUUCUCUUUCCGUGUUCAGUUUAUUUAUUGUUUGUGGUUCUGAAUAAAUGUGAGGAAGAUUCUGA